AGCCCUUUUUGAAGAUGGAUGCUUGUCCUAAUCAAGUAGAAUUUGAGUCCUCUUCUUCUCAGCUCAGAAAAUCAGGAAGAGGGAAGAUUGAGAUCAAGAGGAUAGAGAAUACCACCAAUCGACAAGUCACCUUCUGCAAGCGCCGGAAUGGAUUACUGAAGAAGGCCUAUGAAUUGUCUGUCCUCUGUGAUGCUGAAGUUGCUCUGAUUGUCUUCUCUAGCCGUGGCCGACUCUAUGAAUAUGCCAAUAACAGUGUCAGGGGAACCAUUGAAAGGUACAAGAAAGCAUCUUCUGAUUCUCCAAAUUCUGGAUCAGUUUCUGAAGCUAAUACUCAGUUUUACCAGCAAGAGGCAACCAAACUGAGGAGACAAAUAAGGGAGAUACAGAAUUUCAACAGGAAUAUCCUUGGUGAGGGGGUAGAAUCUUUGAGCUUCAAAGAUCUUAAGGGUCUUGAAGGUAGAGUGGAGAAAGCCAUUGGCAAACUCCGCACCAGAAAGAAUGAGUUGGUCUUUGCAGAGAUAGAGAUGAUGCAAAAGAGGGAGAUUGAGCUGCAAAAUGCCAAUAUGUACCUGCGAGCAAAGAUAGCUGAAAAUGAGAGGGCACAGCAGCAUAUGAACUUAAUGCCAGGAUCUGAAUACCAGCAUCCUAUUGCUGCUUCACAGCCUUAUGAUGUUAGGAACUUCUUGCCAGUGAAUCUCAUGGAACCUGAUCAGCAUUACUCUCGCCACGACCAAACAGCUCUCCAACUUGUCUAGCGAACCGAACAAAGGAGACUAUUCCACUGGCUAUCUUGGGUUCUAUUUCUUAGCACUGAGUCCAACCAAAACCCUGGAGGGGUGUUAUAUGCUAAUCUUAUCAAAUUAUUAGCAGACGAUAUUUAGUUUCCAACUAUUAUUUUCAGUAUGCUGUGUAUAAGAAUGGUCACUUUUUAUUUUUAUUUGUAUUAGUUUUACCGGAAGACAUAUGUUAUGCAUGUUUGGCAUCAUUGCUUUCCCAGAAAAUUCCAUUUUCUGUUUCUUUUCAUUGCGCCCGCACACUGAUCAUUGAAGGAAAGUUUCUUAGGCAUAGGUUUCUUGGUGAAAAUUUCUGCAUGCUGUAGCCAAUUUGGAUGUGCUUACUUCUGCGGUGCCAGCAUUUGGGUCUUUUUUAACUUUUCUAAGCAAACUGUUUAAUGAUUUUCCACAUUCACAGAAGGGAUCAAUGCUUUCAAUCAUUGAGUGUUUUUCUGGUUCUGAUAUCAUCCGGGGAAAAGAUUUUAGGAGUCUUGAAUCCUUGAAACUUUCUACAGAAAGUCCUACUGUUCCAUUACAAAGUUUCUUUUGAACUUUGGAAUGGUUGUCUUUUCAUGUCAACCUAAUUCCAUUUCCGUCUUAUCACUAGUUCUUCAUCGUUUCCAAUGCCAACAUUCCAAAAGAAGUGCAGUUAGGUAUUUCAUAAUCUGCAUUCUGCAUUCUUAAAAGAUAAUAGUGGCCAAACCCUUCCAAAAGAUCCGUCCAAUAGAAAGGCACACAACAAAAGAUAAUCUAGGUUUGAUAUUCUGAAAGCCAAUUCAACAUAAUUUCUAGACAUGUGAUUUGAUAUGCAGAAUAACCAAACAAGAAGUUAAUAUACUGUAACCUUUCUUAUGGAUGGGAUAUACGUGUAACACGAAUUUACAAUAACAUAUGGAUUUUACAUCUUUGAUUCUGUAUGAUCUCCGGAAGAUCACAUAUAUUUUGGCCUUGUAUACUACACUUUAUGCUAUCUUCAUCUAUUUCUAUUGUGUUGACGAAGACACUAUAUAAUCUCAAGUGUGAAGAGCCCUUAGUAUGAGUAGAGACUGAAGGCACAACCUUCUUCCCUCUUUCCCACACUUUCUAUCUCUGGCUAGCUUGAUGCCGAAAUUCAUCAAAAUGAUGAGUAAAGAGAUCAUUGUACCGCUUAGCCCAUUAUUCCACAUUUUCUAAUGUAUUCAUUGGAGUAAUUUACAUGCUUGUACCAGAAACUUCGUACUUCUGGGGAUGCAAUCUCCAGCCAUGGCUUAGCAGGUCCACUGAAAUGUAUUACUGCAGCAGCUUCCAACAUGUAUCUGUCGAUUUGUGGAGACCUACGACCCAAUUCAGCCAUAUGCCAUGAAGAUUCAAUCCGUUGCAUAUGCCCAUCAAAUGCAAGUAAGGCGGGUGGAAGUGCACCAGGAUGCCAUAGUGUAAAUCCAGAAUUGAGGUUCUGCAGAAAAAGAAACGUUAAGAGAAAAUUACUGUAGGUUAUAUAUGGCUGCCCAAAAGACAGAUUAAAAUCUCAACAAUGACAUUUAAUCUUCUUUUUGUCCUCCUUUCUUUUUUUUCUUUUUGUUCUCCUUCCUAUGCCCGAGUCUUCACAUAAAAUAAGAUUUCAAACAAUCAAGGUUCAUUAUGCCUACGCCUCAAAAUCAUGCCUCCGGCCUAGGCACAAACAGUGCAAUUGAAUGAAUGCCUAGGGAGUUUCUUAGUGGAACAACAAGAAAACUUUCAAAUGUUGAAUCUUGUAACAACCAGGCGCACCUCAUAUAACUAGUGUUCAUUAACACUCUUACACUCAGUACAAGUUAGUAAAGUAUUCUUACAAGCUUAAGCCAAUGAUGAUAGGUAGCAGUGAUGUUGGUCUUACGCCAUGCUUGAAGAUCAAUGAUAUUCAUACCAUAAAGCCACGCACAACGGUUACCAUCCAAGUUAGAUGAUAUAACUGGAAUUGUAAAGUUAAAGAAGUCCUUGUAUUUCCUUCUUGGACAACAGUCAUGACCGCACCACGAGUCAACAACUGCACCAAUAACUUUCCCGUUGAGAUCCAAAUCCCAUAAAGAUGAUAAGUCAUGUUGCACAACAAUAUCAUCAUCUAAGAACACAAUCUUGUCCAGAUCUGGAAACAACUGUGGUGCACAUAAGAGUCAAAAUAGGAUCAAAAUCCGAAGUAAUUUCAUUUCAAACCUCUUCUUGACAACCAGUCAAUGAAACCUUAAAUGAUUUACCUCUGGAAUAUAGAUGCGAAGAUGAUUCAAGAGGGAGAUGAAGCUGGGGCUGAGCACCUCUAAAUUUUUAUCUAAUUCUUGCUGAUCUUCAAAUUUUUCUUCCUUGAGAUUGACAUACUUAUGCCUCCAAAUUAGGUGAUGAAUUUCUAACAUCUCCCUAAUGCCAACAUUAACUCUAUGCGACCAAUCAUAUUGAUGCAAUCCCCUGACUUCCACUACCGCGGAGUUGAUAGAGUUUACUGCAAACCAUGCAUGCAUCGCUGUAUAGGUUUUCUUAUCAGUGACUACAUGAAAAACCAAUUUUUCUGGGGAGGCUGAGUUUUUAACAGCAGAGGAGAUGACAACAGAAGCAGCAAUCACAUUGUCAGUUAGAAGAACUAGAUGAUGAAAUGAAGGGUCAUUGAGGCGAGAAACAAAUUCUGGUGAAGGUAAGCGGGAUCGUGCCAUGGCAUUUACCGCAUAUUCUUCAGCUAGCAUAAGAGAGAGGCAUUCAUGGCUUUUUGGUAUCCCGUGGGAAGCCAAAUGCCAGUUGAUUUUCUCCUGGUUCCUAGCUGAUUGGACCAUUUGCUCCAGCUUAGCCAA